AUGUCCGUGGCCUUUGCAUCAGCGCCAGCGGGGAAAGGGGAGGUCACUCAAGCUACCAUUCAGAAGAUGUUGGAUGAGAACAAUCAUUUGAUACAGUGUAUCAUGGAUUACCAGAGUAAAGGCAAAACUGCAGAAUGUUCUCAAUAUCAACAGAUGCUGCACAGAAAUUUGGUUUACUUGGCAACAAUAGCAGAUUCUAAUCAAAACAUGCAAUCAUUGCUACCUGCUCCACCUUCCCAAAACCUGUCUAUGGGACCAGGAGGAAUGAAUCUGUCUGGAUCAAAUCAAGCUUUGCAUUCACAGAAUGUUCCUAAUGACACUAUGGGGGGAGGGAUUCCGCCUUCCCCACUAAUGCAAAGCCAGAUGAGCAAUGGUCCUACUCAUGUUUCAGUGCAACAGUCAGGACCAGCCACAAUACCAAGUUCUUCAAUGAAUAUGCCUGUAAGUAACCAUGGAACACCAGGUGGUUAUAGUCAUUCUGUGCCCUCUUCACAAGGGAUGCAGAUGCAGGGUCAAAGUCAGUCGCUGGCAAACUAUGGAUCCCGGACAAACAUGAGCAUGCAAACCAGUCAAGUUCCCAUGAUACACCAGCAAGCUGCAACCCCACAUUACAAUACACCACAAGGAGGUGGGCAACAUUACCAGGGACAGUCGACUAUGGGAAUGAUGGGACAGAGUAACCAAGGCAGCAACAUAAUGGGGCAAAGGCCAAUAGGGCCUUAUAGAUCAACACAACAAGGGUCUUCUCAGCAAUACAUUGGACAGGAAGAUUACUAUGGUGAGCAAUAUGGACAUGCCCAAGGACCCACAGAUACCAUUAAUCAACAGUAUUAUCCUGAUGGUCACAGUGAAUAUGCAUAUCAACAAUCAUAUGCGGAACAAGGAUACGAGAGAUCAUUUGAGGAAUCCUCACAACAUUACUACGAAGGAGGAAAUUCACAGUAUGCCCAACAGCAAACUGCUUAUCAGCAGGGACCAACCCAGCAGCAGACUUACUCCCAGCAGCAAUAUCCUACUCAACAGAGCUAUCCAGGACAACAGCAAGGAUAUGGUGCAACACAGGGAGCCUCUUCUCAAUAUCCAGGUUACCAGCAGGGACAAGGCCAGCAAUAUGGAAAUUAUAGGACUGCUCAGCCAGGGCCCUCAGCUCAGCAACAGAGGCCUUAUGGAUAUGAACAGUGCAAUAAUCCAGCUGAGGUGCUAGACGUGAGUGUGGGACUGCAAAUCAACACAGCCAGCACCAUGACUUCAAAUCAGAAACGGGCCUCUGGCACAGCUUUGGAGGUACUGCAUACAGGCACAGUACGGAAACUACCAGCAAUAGGAAACAGCUGAUUGCCAUCACUGGAACAGUCGUGUAUACUACUUUGAUUUUUUUUACAGAGUAAAAUGAAGCAUGGACUGUCUUAUUUCAUGUCUGAGAGAUAGCUCAAAGCAGCUUCUGGAUGUAGUAGAAAUUUUCAUUCUUUUCAUGGUGAAUUGUAACAUUGCACUACCAAUGACAAGCCAAUCCGUAAUAGUUUUAGAUUUGGUGCUGUGAAUAUUGUAUGUUUUAAAUUGUUGCACUGUUGUACAAUUGCAUCUAUUAAUAGGAUUUCAAGUUGAUUACUAGUGCCCUUCCAAUCAUCCACUACAGAAACAUAAGAUGGUUUGAAAGUUUGCAGAUGCCCUCUGAAAUGCUGAAUUCUCCUGUUGAUUUAAGCAUCUGUGUGGUUAUACUAAAAUUUGCACUAUGAUUUGUUUCUUCCAUAUUUAAUGCAGUAUCUGAAUAUUGGAUAUAGGUCACUAAAAGUCACUUGUGUUUUUAGUAAAAUCUGAUCUGAAAGCAACAUGCUAAGUUUGUGCACGAAGUUUGCAGUUGUCUUUACCAGUGAACAAAACGUUGUAGGUAGUUUAAUAGAAAGCACGUGUCACCUUGGCCCUAAACCUUACAUCUUGGAUAGGACAGUGGUAGUUACUGUUAGUACAUUUGAUUUCUCGAAGGAAGGCGGUACAUUCUAUACUUAAUUCCUAUCGCAUGUGUUCAAAUUGGCAUUGAUAAUUCAUCACAAACAUUUCUACACGUGACACUGAGUAAGUGUUAUCAUCGUAUUGAGUCAUAUGAAAAUGGUGUCAAAGUCAAUAUACAGUUAUGUAGCAUGAAAGAAAUGAGGGCCUCUAAAGUGAAGGAUAAAAGUGAUUUUCAGUUGAUAGAUUAGUUUUCAUGAGUAAUGUAGACUUAAAAUAAUGAUGAAUCAAGCAUUUUUUGUUCUAGUGUGGUGUCUUCCUAUCAUUGCCUCGAGUGUGAUUUUUGAAAAGUAUCACAAAAUAAUUGAUUCUAAAAAUGUUGUAUUUGAGAGUGCAGUUUGUUAUACAGCUGAGUAAUGAAGAUUUGUCUAUACCUAUGUGAGCAGUUAAUGCUGUUGAGCCCAUAAUAACUUUAACUUUCAAUCACUACAAAUAGCUUCCAUGUUUGCAAUCAUCAUGCAGGACUUCUACUGCAGUUAGGUAAUUUUGAUAUAUUUUUUCUUUUGUGGUUGAUUUGUCAUUGAAAGUUGUCUUCAUCUUUAAAGACAUGUUACAGGUCUAAGGGCUACACUGGUUCUGGAUUAGAAAUGAAGCCUUGUUACAAAUGACCAAGUUGGCUAAUGCUCACAGCACUAAUUUUCUUCUAUCAGAAGACCACUGGGUUGUUCCAAGACUCUAUGCUGUAUAUAUACAUUUUGUCAAGUCACCUGGGCUCUAAGUAAAUGGUUUCCACAGUUAUUAAUCAGCCCAGUUUAAUUGUAGGGAAGGGUCUGUCUGUCUAUAUUAAUAACUGACCAGUGUUGGCAGCAAUUAUAGAUACCUCUGUAAAUUGGACUAUGCCACUUUCGAACCAGGAUGCAUCACAAGUGGGGAUAUUGGGAACUGCUGAGAUAAAGUUUAAGAAAAGUGUUACAAUAUAUGUGUUACAUUUACUUCCAUACUUAAGUACCUGUUUAACCAGAAAAUCAUGUACUUUAUCAAAAAAUAUUCACGGUAGUGAUGAGGUAUUCUAAAACAUAGUCCAAAGUUGACCAUAUUGUGUAAAUAUUUAAAGCAUUAAUUCCAGAAUAUGCCAGCUUGUGUAACUGGAGGAUCUUUGUCUCAUGUGGGAAUGCAAGGACAUGUGAUUAAUGAGCACUGGAAGCUACACUUUUUGCUGUAUAAAAAAAAAAUUGUAUUUCAAUGUACAAUCACAUGAACAUUUUGCAUUUCAUUUGCUGAUAGAGCCAAUGUUGUUUUUUGUCUUGCUGUUAAACAGCCAAAUAGCUAAAAUACAGAUUGUACUGUGACAAUCACCUGCUUGUUUUCAAGAAACAAAAAACUUGAGAUUUUAGUAAUACAGAAUUUUUUGAUGAAAUCUGUUGUAAUGUAAUAUGUUAAGUCUUUUCCUUCUCAUCAUUAUCUAAUAAAACACUAACCACUGAGUAGAUGUCUGUGUACCUCUGUAAAUGGAGGCAUUAGCUGUUUGAAAUUAGUGACCAACAGGCUUUGAUGUAAGUACAAGUGAGUUGAAUUGUCUUGCCUGUACAAGAAAUUUCAUGUUGCUAUUUAAAGUUGUUACAUUUUAAUUUAAAAAAAAUCUA